AUGUCCUCCACUAAUCAAACUCAGAUGAACACAACUUUUAAUCUGCAGCGUCAGGGAAUCCUCGGAGUGGUGUUUUUUUCCACUGUGACGACGUUGCCAUGCUGUGUGUUUCUUUUCAUCAAUGUGACAAUGUUGUACACCUUGAGGAGUAAAGAGGUGUUUCGAGAGACCUCUCGUUUUAUUCUCGUGUUUAACCUCCUGUUUUCAGACUCCGUCCAUCUGGCCCAUAGUCAGUCAAUGUUUUUACUGUCUGCCUCAAGAGUAACGCUGCUGUAUUCUGUUUGUGUGGUUUUAGUUUCACUGAACACCCUCACUCUCAACGUUUCUAUUAUCACACUGGUGACUAUGUGUCUAGAGAGAUACAUAGCUGUGUGCUUUCCAUUCAAGCACAGUGUGUUAAUCACCACUAAAAACACUGGAGUGGUUAUUUUGGUCAUUUGGUGUUUCAGUUCACUUCGGGUCCUUGUGGAAAUAAGUCUAAUUUUUAAAUUUUCCUUUUACAAUGCAAUGGAAAUGCAAAUGGUAGAGUUCUGUGGUAAAGACAGUGUGCUUUCUGAUCCAGUUUCUGACAUUUUUAGCAAGGCGUUCACCUAUUUUCUAUGUGUAUUAGGGGUUGUAGCUGUUGUUUUCUCCUACAUUGGUGUCAUUGUAGCAGCUCGCUCAGCCUCCACAGACAAAGCUUCAGCCAACAAGGCGCAGAGGACUUUGCUGCUGCACCUGCUGCAGCUGGGCCUCACACUGUCCUCAACAAUACACAACUCAUUGCUCAUAGUUAUCUCAAAUGAUCCAGACAGAAUUCGAGCUGUGAACAUGCAGAUUGUUCUUUAUGUUUGUGUUAUUGUCCUUCCUAAAUGCCUGAGCUCCCUCAUCUACGGUUUCAGAGACCAGACCAUUAGACCUGUUCUUCUGUUGAAUCUCACCUGUCAGUGGAGAGGCUCAGCUGUCAUUUCCAACAUCCAAGCUAAAAAUAAAAACAGUGUACAUGGGAACUGA